AAAUUCCAUUAUGAAUCAAACGAAAAUGAUUAUGACAAAAAAAUCACCAUUGGAUAAUGGUAAUUUAUUUGUUCGAAUCUAUAACCUAUGGGUGCUACCAUUGUUUGUUCAUGGCAUCAAUAAUGAAAUUCAUCUUUCCGAUUUACCCAAAUGUUCACAAUCAGAUGAUACUGGAAAAUUAUCCAAUAUUUUAGAACAUUAUUGGCGUUUAGAAUUGAAACGUAGCAAACCGAAUUUUAUUCGUGCCACAUUUCGUUCAUUUCCAUGGCAUUUUAUUGGAUGUACUUUGUUAAUUAUUCUAAGAGAAUGUAUUCUUAGAUCGUUACAACCAUUAUUCUUAUCGCGUGUGAUUCAAUUUUUUUCCAAACCAACUGCUGAAGAAUUUCAAUCAGCUUGUCUAAAUUCAUCCGCUUUGGUGAUCAUACCAUUAUUUUGUAUUCUAUUAAGACAUCCAGAUCGAUAUUUAGCAUUCAGAUUGGCAAUUAAAAUUCGUGUUGCAUGGUGUUCAUUAAUUUAUCGAAAAGCUAUUCGUCUACAUCAUUCGGCAUUUCGUCGUACCACUGUCGGACAGAUAUUGAAUCUAAUAUCCAAUGAUGUUACACGUGUUGAUCAGUUUUGCAAUUAUGCAUGCUACAUAAUUAUUUCUCCCAUAAUUUUCAUCAUACGAAUGUAUAUCUGUUACAUUUAUGUUGGUCCAUAUUGUUUCAUAGGAUUAUUUCUACUAUUAUUAGUCAUUCCAAUGAAUUUAUUAACUGGCCGUAUCUUUCAGCUAUUGCGAACAAAAGUUGCAAAAACAUCCGAUACAAGAUUACGUAUCAUUUCGGAUAUAAUCAAAGGAAUUCGUGUAAUCAAAAUGUAUGCAUGGGAAGAUCAUUUCAGUAGUCUUAUUGAUGAUGCUAGAAAUCGUGAAAUAAUUCAAAUUAAAUAUAGUAUAAUUUGUAAAGCAAUCAACCUGGUCAUAGCAUUCAUAUCUAGCCAUAUAAUUGUAUUUGCUAUGUUUGCUUCCUAUGUAAUAUAUACUGGAAAUCUAUUGAAUGCCGAUCAAGUAUUUGUCAUAAUGAAUGUAAUCAAAAUAACUAGCUCUGUAUCAUCAAGAGCAUUGCCAACAGCAUUAACAUUAUCAUUUGAAAUGUUAGCUUCAUGUGAUCGUAUACAGAAUUUUCUUCUCCUCGAUGAAUACAAUCAUCAAACGAUAACAUAUCAUAAUAACAUUUCGGUAUCAAAUGAAGAUAAAAUUGUUGUGAAAAUGGAAAAAGUUUCAGCUGAUUGGACAAUGGGCACCACUAAACAGCCAUCACUUGAUAAAAUAUCAUUGCAAAUCAAACAUGGACAAUUGAUCAUGGUUAUUGGUUCGACUGGUUCAGGCAAAACAACAUUUCUAAUGUCAUUGAUGAAUGAAAUUUCAAUCAUAAAUGGUUCAAUUCAAUUGAAUGGUCGUAUUGCAUAUGUAGCUCAAGAUCCAUGGAUCAUGAAUGGAAGUAUUCGUGAUAAUAUUCUAUUUGGUCGACAAUAUGAUGCUGUAAAAUAUACAACCAUCAUUGAUGUUUGUGGAAUGCAUCAUGAUCUAAUACAAUUACCAUAUAGUGAUCAAAGUUUAGUUGGAGAAAGAGGCGUUUCAUUGAGUGUUGGACAAAAAAUUCGAUUAACAUUAGCUCGUGCAUUGUAUAGCGAGGCGGAUAUUUAUCUAUUGGAUGAUCCAUUGAGCGCUGUUGAUGUUAAUGUUGCCAAUCAUAUAUUUGAAAGAUGCAUAAUGGAUUAUUUGAAAUCCAAAACAGUCAUUUUGGUUACACAUCAAUCCCAAUUUAUAAGGAAUGCAUCAAAAAUACUUGUACUAGAUAAUGGACGACAAUUAGCAUUCGAUCAUUAUGAUGAAAUAAUCAAAUCAAAAUUGAUUAAUCUUGGAUCAUUGUUUCAACAGAAAAAUUCCAUUGAAAUUGUCGCAUCCGAAAUUCCAAUGAAUGAAUCAAUGGUGAUUGGAUAUGAUAUGGAUUCUAAACAAAAAAAUUUGAAACCAAAAAUUAUCGGAGAAAUUAAAACAAGUAAAGGAUCAAUCAACAGUAAAGUAUAUUUAAAUUACAUUAAAGCCGGUUCUGGACCAAUUCGAUCACCAUUAAUGAUCGUUACAAUUAUUUGUACAUCAUUUCUAUAUUAUUACAUGGACAUUUGGAUUGCACAAUGGACAAAUCAAAAUGAACAAUUGAUGUUGAAAAAUAAUUCAGAUAUAAUUAAUUUGAAAAUGGACAAUCAUCGUUUUGAUGAUGUGAUUAUCUAUUCCAUUUUAAUUAUCAACAUUUUGAUCGCUAUGAUUAUACAAUCGAUAACCAUAUUCCUUAUGUGCAUCAAAUCAUCGAUCAAUUUGCAUAAUAGAUUAUUUUCCAGUUUGAUUCGUGUACCAGUUUCAUUUUUUGAUACUAUACCCAUUGGACGGAUAAUGAAUCGUUUUGCUAAAGAUAUUGGAAUCAUUGAUGAACGAUUACCACAAACAGUGGAUAAUUUUCUUAAUUUCAUAGUUUCAUUAUUGGGUGUAACCAUCAUUGUAGCCAUAACAAAAUGGUAUCUAAUAUUUCCAGCCAUCAUAAUGUUUUUAUCCAUUAUAAUUAUUCAUCGUGUCUAUACUAUUAUUGCACAAGAUUUAAAUCGUUAUGAAAAUAUUGCUCGAAAUCCUUUGUUCAAUCAUAUGACAAUGACAUUGAAUGGUCUUUCAACGAUACGUUCAUUCAAUGUAAGCGAUGAAUUUAUUCAACAAUAUUAUCGCUAUCAAAAUGAUCAUACGGCUGUUUAUUUUACUUGUUUUGCUUCGAUGAAAUUUCCUGGCAUCUGUUUGGAUUUAAUUUGUAUGAUUUAUAUGAUCAUUGUAAUCGUUUUUGUGAUGAUUUCUUAUGAAGAGAUUCAAAGUGGUACGGCCGGAUUAAUCCUAACAACCAUACUUGGAUUAAUUUCAUUGACACAGCCAGGUAUUCGAGCAACUAUAGAAGCUGAAAAUCAAAUGAUUUCUGUAGAAAGAAUUUUGGAAUAUUCCGAUUUAGAAUCUGAAGCACCAUUGAAAUCUGAUUAUAAAUUUCCACCUAAUUGGCCUGAAUGUGGUCGAAUUAUUUUUGAUCAUGUUUAUCUUCAUUAUAAUCAAUCACAAAAACCAGUGAUAAAGGAUCUUUGUUUUGAAAUUCGUGGUAGUGAAAAAAUUGGUAUUGUUGGAAGAACCGGUGCUGGUAAAAGUUCAAUAUUGGCUGCAUUAUUUCGAAUGGUCGAAAUUGAUGGUAGAAUCACAAUCGAUGGCGUCGAUUGUUGUGAUAUCGGUUUACAUGAACUUCGAUCAAAAAUGCGAAUUAUUCCACAGGAACCUGUAGCAUUUAUUGGUUCGUUAAGAAAAAAUCUCGAUCCUUUUGAUGAACUGAAUGAUGAUGAAAUUUGGGACGCAUUGGAAAAAGUUCAAAUGAAAAAUCUUGUAAAUGAAAUGCCUGGCAAACUUCAGUAUCAAUUAUCAGAAGGAGGAGAUAAUUUAAGCUUAGGUCAACGUCAAUUGAUUUGUCUGGCACGUGCACUAUUACGACAAAAUAAAAUCCUAGUUUUGGAUGAAGCCACAGCCAAUGUUGAUCUUCAUACUGAUGCUUUAAUACAGCAGACUAUUCGUGAUAAUUUCAAUGAUUGUACAGUGAUAACCAUAGCUCAUCGUUUGAAUACGAUUAUCGAUUCGGAUCGAAUAUUAGUAUUGGAUUCUGGUCGUUUAGCACAAUACGAUACACCGUUCAAUCUACUUCAAGAUAAACAUGGAAUAUUCUAUAAUCUUAUUCAACAAACCGGACCACAAAUGGCUGCAAAAUUAACAUCAAUGGCAAAUGGAAAAAAAAUACUUUGACAUUACAUAAACAUCGGUUGAAUGAAAUGUUUUCAAAUUGUAAACGACACCAAUUCCAUCUAUGAUAAUCUAUUGCAAAUAAAAAUCUUGAAU